UCUGCAUUGCAUUCACCAGAUAAAACGUGCAGAAGUAGGCUCAAGUAUUACUACGCCAACUGAGUAGAGGAAGGCAGGAAGCGGGUACACAGACCUCAAGCACACGUUGGAGUGGAGGGAGGAGAAGUGUCCCGUGUCAAAUAAAUCGGAACUGUGUGUUCCUUUGUAGAGUGAAGAAUCAUACAGGAUUUUAGAAAGCGUAGCUAAAUAGCAAACUAAUCAUAUAGACAACGGUUUUUAUUUUUCUCAUCUUUUUUACCAAGCUAUGGCCGAUAUCGACAAACUGAACAUUGACAGUAUCAUUCAGCGCCUUCUGGAAGUGCGGGGAUCCAAGCCUGGGAAGAAUGUCCAGCUCCAGGAGAACGAGAUCAGAGGCCUGUGCCUCAAGUCCCGAGAGAUCUUCCUCAGCCAGCCCAUCCUGCUGGAGCUGGAGGCCCCUCUCAAGAUCUGCGGUGACAUCCACGGCCAGUACUAUGACCUCCUGAGACUGUUUGAGUAUGGAGGGUACCCACCGGAGAGCAACUACCUGUUUCUGGGGGACUAUGUGGACAGAGGGAAGCAGUCUUUGGAGACCAUCUGCCUGCUGCUGGCCUACAAAAUAAAGUACCCCGAAAACUUCUUCCUUCUGAGGGGGAACCACGAGUGCGCCUCCAUCAACAGAAUAUACGGCUUCUAUGAUGAAUGUAAAAGGCGGUACAACAUUAAGCUCUGGAAGACGUUCACAGACUGCUUUAACUGCCUGCCCAUUGCUGCCAUUGUGGAUGAGAAAAUCUUCUGUUGCCACGGAGGCCUGUCUCCAGACCUCCAGUCCAUGGAGCAGAUCCGCCGGAUCAUGCGCCCCACCGACGUGCCAGACCAGGGCUUGCUGUGUGACCUCCUGUGGUCCGAUCCCGAUAAGGACGUGCUGGGCUGGGGCGAGAACGACCGGGGGGUCUCUUUCACCUUCGGAGCCGAAGUGGUGGCCAAGUUUCUGCACAAACACGACCUGGAUCUGAUCUGUCGAGCCCAUCAGGUUGUGGAAGAUGGCUAUGAAUUCUUUGCCAAGAGACAACUUGUGACUUUAUUCUCUGCUCCAAACUACUGCGGGGAGUUCGACAACGCAGGGGCCAUGAUGAGCGUGGAUGAAACCCUCAUGUGCUCUUUUCAGAUUCUAAAACCUGCGGAGAAGAAGAAGCCAAACGCUAGCCGGCCGGUGACACCCCCUCGGAACAUGGUUACCAAACAAGCCAAGAAAUGAGAGUUUGCGAAGAGCAGGCCUCACAAUAUUUGUUUGUUUGCUUGGGAUGUUUUGUUUGUGGUUUAGUGGUCUCUCAAUUUCAAUGAACUGUUGGACGGCUUUCUAGCAGCCAAAACUGAGAUGGCCAUGAACCAAGAUGGUGAAAGCAAAGCUUUUUUUGGGUUCCUUGCUGCUUGACUAAAUGGCUGUUUCCACCGUAAGAACUUUUGGAGGUUUGUGCACUCUAGUACAGCCGGUCUUUUUGCCACAUUGUAGAGCACACUCUGGAAGAACAUUGUCCAGAUUUGAUGUAUGCCUUGUUUGAAGCCAAGAAGGGUUUUAAACUAUCACUCCUAAACACUUGUUCACACUCUCAAGAUCAACAGUGGAAGCUCUUAGAGUUCAUGAAAUGUGAAAUUAGUCACGCCCUUGAGUAUGAAAUGGGACUAUUUUCAGAAGGAUUUUAGAUUAGAAAGUUGGAUUUUUUCUUUCCACAUGUAUUUAUAUUUAUCAUCCAAAAAUGAGAUAAAUCACAUUUAUUCAAGUGUUAUCAAUGAAUUUUAAAUACUUCCUGUACUACAUUCUUCACACAAAUAAAGCAGUUAUUACCAGAUUGUAUAUCUCUUUCUGAAAUGAGUUCUUAGUGUAAUUUUAGACAUUAUUUAAACUGACCUUUUUUACUUUCAAUACAAUUAUGGUAUGUGAGCAUAACAUGAACUCAUUUCCUCUUGAUGGGUUUGAAAUACCAUCACCCGAAUACCUAUCACUCUGAGGACUUUUUUUCUGAACUGUUUAAGAAGCAUUUCUUUUCUACUUAUUGAAUACAUUGAUUCACUAUCAAAGGAAAAUUAAACCUGUCCAAAAGAACAAGGUGUGUGGAAAAAUAAGAACUUUUUUUUUUUUUUGCAUGUUCCCAUAGAAGUCCAAAUCUCAAGGUGCCACUUUCUUUUCAAAGCAUGCCUAUUUUCUGAUGUAACUGUUGGUUCUCUUCAGGUUUAUGUCAUUUGUAACUUAAUAUUUCAACCGGGGUGUCAUUUCACCUUCAUCUCCUGUUAUCACUACUCCAUAAAUCUUGGAAAUAUCUUGUAAAUCUCCCCCACUUUUGAACGUUUGUAUACUUGUUUAAGAUUGUGAGGACAACGGAGGUUCUCCCAUUUUGUUUUAUUUGGAAAAUAAAAAAAUUGACAGAU